AUGGCUCGAGCUAUUCAGGGCUUGCGGAACCCCACAAUAAGCCCGUCGUUAGACAAGCAACAGUUCUACUCAAAUCCGGUCGAGGACUGGGAUCCAAAUCUGCAGCAGUUGGACGUUGUCGGGAAGCAGAGGUUCAAGCCGGGGACUAUGGUUGAGAUUCGGAGGAGUGAAAUCACAGCACACGGCGUUGUCUUAUUCGAUAUCCCAAUCGAAGGACAGUGGGUCGUGCAUACUCUCACUUCAGGCGGGGAAGUUUGGGCACAUGGUGAACAGGACGUCAUGUUCGCGGUUUCAGAAUUCGUUCCGAUAGAUCUCAUUAAACGCUGUGGGGUCAACCUAGUCGUUCAAAGCGACGCUGAAACAUACGCACGCGUAGAGGUUCUUAGACGCUUGCGAGGUCUUGUAGUGGCACAGGAACGUAAACUGGUCGAGCUCUUCUACCCCCUCCGACAAAUCUACGAACAUUUUAAACACCGGGAUCCAAAGCAAUGGUCGGAGAUCACUACUGACCGAGCGGCGAGGUUUUUAGAUCCAAACUCACAAACACCCUCUGUGGUCACCAUGUUCGCUGUUCAUUCGUACCUGUUCGCGAGAUACAGGCAAUUCGUUGCAGACAGGAUGAAUUUCCUGACGACAAGAGCCUUCUGGAUUCGGCCUCAGCAAGACGUGGAUGACAUCAGUGCAGUCGACUCCAUGGUUCUUGAUAAGGACCCGCGCUUGGAGAGCUUCAUCCAGAAGGCGAAGCGUCUUAUCGCAGCUGCGAAAUUGCGAACGCUGAAGACGUGGAGACAGCCCAUGUCGUACGAGCAAGAUUUGGAAAACAAGUUUACCCCGGACGAUAUGAGGAUCAUUCGAUACAUGCAGAGCACGCUGCGGCAACAACGCACUAUUCAGGCUAAUGCAUAUAUAGUAUCUCUAGCUACCAUCAUGAAGAGAAUAGGCGGAUAUGAUUUGGACCGGUAUGACAGCGACGGGGUAUUUCGACUACUUGUAGACAUGGGUGUCCUAUCUCCCUGGCAGGAUCAAGUCUCCUAUGAAUGGUCCGCGUCCGAGUCUCUGGGAUGGCAACAAAAAAUGCAAACCUCAGAUGAUCUCUCUGCCAGGGGGGCUUCGCCCGCUUCUCUCCCAUUACCUCCACGCCGUCCUCUGGGUCCAAAUGACUUCUAUUCACACGACGUCGUCGAUUCACUCCGUCACGACUUCGGCGACAUGCCUGUCUACGUCAUAGACGAUGUACAGGCGCAUGAGCUGGACGACGGCCUCUCCAUAGAACGCAUUCCAAACGAGCCCGACAAUUUUUGGUUACAUGUCCACAUUGCCGACCCAACAUCGGUACUUCCACCAAGCCACUUUCUUGCGCAGCGCGCUCUGGACCGCAAUCAGACAUCCUAUUUUAUCAACAGGACUAUCCCUUUGUUACCUCUCGAUAGCUUUGGUAGCCUCAGUCUGCGCGAGAACGCAUCGCAACGCGUCAUGACAUUCAGUGCAAAAACCGGCAGCGAUGGUCGCAUUCUUGACUACCGUGUCCGACCCGGGAUUGUCAAAAAUGUUCAUAUUGUCAAUUACAGUGGAAUUGAUUCGGCCAUGCAAUGGGACGUUCCUCCUUUUUCAUAUCCAUUCGGGGUCAGCAAGGGCUCACAGCCACUCCCUCUUGAUCUGGACGAGUCGAUGCGGUCCGACAUGUCUCUUCUCCGUGAGAUCGCGACACGUGUCUCCAGAAACCGCGUCAAGAACGGAGCUGUGACGAUGCUCAAUCCCUUUGUAACGAUUUCUGCAAAGUCGGAGAAUUUUCCUCAGGUUCCUCCGUGCCCGACCGCCCCUUACCUCUGGUCUGGAUUUCCUCAAUUGGAAUAUGGAGUAAACGACCAACGAGCUUCGGAAUCUGGCGCGAGGCUUGUUGUUGCGGAAUCAAUGAGGACUGCGUCCCGAGUGGCUUCCAUGUUCUUCAGAGAUCGUGGUGUCCCUACUAUCCGUCGUGUUGUGCAGCAGCCGACGUUUCUCAAAGAAGAAGAUCAAGAACGACUGCUGACUGCCCGUGAUGAGUCCGGGUUCCUCCACUUAUUUGAUUCGCUGGACAUUGGUGUCAUGUUUUCGCCCGCAGAAUACCGUCUUGCGAUCGGGCCGCACUGGGUCCUCGGGAUUCCGGAAGAUGAGGGCUACGUGCGCGUCACGUCGCCAUUGCGGCGCUUCAACGACCUGCUCACGCACUGGCAGAUAAAAUAUGCGCUGCUGGCACCCACACACCCGUCUCCAUGUAUGUUCGACAAUGCAUGGCUGACACAGUUUGCACGGAACCUGGCCAUGAAGGAGAGGCGGGAUAAGCGGAUCGCACUUGGGCACGAGCAGUACUGGGCGCAUGUUCUCGUGGAAAGGUGGAUGAAGGAGCGACAUCUUGGCUGGAGAGACGGGCCAGACCCGCUGGAUUCGCUCACUGCGAUAGUGCUGUCACACUCGGUAUUCAACAGCUACCGGCAGCAAUACCAGUAUCACGCACUCAUUCCGGAGCUUGGGCUCAAGGCGAGAUUGGCCGCUCGUGUUGGUGCGGACACGAUUCCUGUUGGGGCGAAGAUAGCCGUUAAAAUUCAGUCGCUUGCCCUGGGCUUCACGCCUCUUAUCACGGUAGUGCCAAAGCCUGGGUCGACUUGA